GUGACGACGCGAGACGCGACGCGGGACGCGACGGCGACGACGACGGGGCGCGGGCGGCGGAGCGGGGCGUUCGGGUACAAGCCGGACGCGGAGGCGAACGCGACGGUGGUUUUGGACUGCGCGAGCAAGAUACGACGCGCGUACGGCGAAAAGGCGCUGAUUCGCGUCGUGCGCGCGCUGCGGCGACACAGAAACGUGUGCUUGGUGGUGACUUUGGGGGUCGGGACGGCGACGGCGCGCGAGACGUGCGAGGCGGAGGCGUCGUGCGUGGCGACGUGCGAGCCGGCGGAGGGCGACGACGACGGGUCGCGGGCUCGUUUAGACGUAGAAAUCAGACGCGCGUGCGGACGGCGGCGUCGCGAGCGCGAGCGCGUGAUCAUUAGAGACGACGAUUCUCUCGAGUUCGCGCCGUGCGAGGCGGAAUCCGUGGAAGAUGCGGUGGCGCGCGCGCUGCGCGUCGGCGACGACGACGCCGAGACGCGCGCCGCGAGGCGUCUCCAAGCCGUCGUCCCGUUCAAUCUCGGCGUCAGUCUCACCGCGGAAGAGCGCGAGGCCAAGCGCAACGUGAAGCUCUCCUACGAGCACCAAGGCGUGCGCGGCGUCGAGGCGUACGACACGGGUGAUUUUUUAGCCUACCUCCCGCCCGACGCCGGCGGCCGCGGCGUCGCCCUCGGCGUCGCCAAGCCCGGUCGCGGUCACAUCUAUUACGAGCGCGACGCCGCGGACGAAGACUUAGACGACGACGAUCUUCACGUCGACACCGACGACGAGCUCGAGGAGGAUUAUUAA